AUGGAGCUGGGCAGCAUCUCCAUCAAACUCUCGGAGUUCCGGGUCUUGUGCCUUCGGGCCAUCGAACAGAUCGUCCUUUGCUUCGGCGUCGUCUUCCUGGUGAUCUUCAGCUUUGCCUUCGCCAUCAACGGCAUGACACGCGAGGUGGAGGCUGUGACCAGCGAGGAGUGGUCAGAUAUUGGUGCUACCAGCAGCACCUUGAUACGGCUGGCCUUUGGUGCUAUGGACAUGGUAGCAGUGCAAAGCGUGGCCUACGAGAGUCCUUUGCUGAUUGUCGCAACUUUGCUGAACCUUAGUAAAGAGCUGGUGAAAUGA